AUGUGUAGUGGAUCUCUGCCACCGGGAUUUCGAUUUCAUCCCACUGAUGAGGAACUGAUUGGCUAUUAUCUUAAAAGGAAAAAUGAGGGACUUGAAAUUGAGCUGGAAGUCAUUCCAGUAAUUGAUCUGUACAAAUUUGAUCCAUGGGACCUGCCAGAAAAAUCAUUCCUGCCGAAGCGCGACAUGGAGUGGUUCUUUUUCUGUAAUCGAGACAAGAAGUAUCCAAAUGGAUCUCGAACUAACCGAGCCACCAAAUCAGGAUACUGGAAAGCUACAGGAAAAGACCGUAAAGUCGUCUGUGAGGCUAAAGGGUACCGCAAGACCUUGGUUUUCUAUCGUGGAAGAGCACCACUUGGGGAUAGAACAGAUUGGAUUAUGCACGAAUAUCGUCUCUGUGAUGAUGUUACCAACGACACCCCAAGUUUUCAGGGAACUUUCGCCUUGUGCCGUGUUGUCAAGAAGAAUGGAAACUCUGAGAAAACUUGUGCUCAUGGAGAUUCUGCAUUUAAGCCUGCUGGAAAUAGUUCUAGCAGCAGUGAUCAUUUCACCUCUAGUGCUGUCUCAAAUGAACUGCUGGUCACUUCUGACAGCAUUCCUUUUCAAACCAGUAACAUGUAUAACGAGAGUAAUCGUACAAUUCCAGUUACUUCUCAAUAUUCCGUAGAACCUAUAGAGGGAUAUGAUCUCUCUACGAGCCUCUGGGGCUCGCCUAAUAUGAUUCUUGAUUCUUAUAAGGAAUGCUAUCCGCAGUAUGAUCAGUUUCCGUACCUGGGUUCAUUUCCUCCACUCGAGCAACAUAAUAUCUCACAAAGUUCAUCUUACUCAAAUUUUACAGAGGAGGUUGGACUUCCGGACAAUCUAACUCAGUAUGGAUGCAUCUCACCUUACACAUUUCAAGAAAGCUAUGAUGGAUAUGCAAGCAAAUGA